AUGUCAGCUAAUCAUAGAGGCUACAGCUCAAACUUCAGAGGUCGGGGAGCAAACCGCGGCCGAUAUGGCUGGCGUCGGGGUCCAUCCAUGCCGCUCGCCUCACCAGCACCAAGCUAUCCCCCCCUUCCACUUGGGCCCGAGAUCGCCUGCAUUGCGGUCGCGAAACUAGCCAAAGACGAUGCCAUACCUGUCGAAAAAGCACGAGUAUCCGAUUGUCAGCUUGUCGCAUCGUACAAUUGGCUCGACAAACCCAAACCUACGAUCAUCAUCCCCGGCUUGCCUCCUCGGUGGAAUCCCCCUUCCGAGCCUCCCCAACUCAAGGAAGAUUCAGGGGUCUUCUACCGAGAUCGUAAUGCCAGUCGCUUGCCUUUGCACCCGAUGGAGCCAGCCAUCGAGUCCAUCCUUCUUACACGGCCAUCUUUCGCCGCCGUCUCGUCGACGCCCAUCGACAUCGUCGCGUGCGGCAGCACCCUGGGCAACCUCCUCCGCUUUACGAGUGGUGAUGAUAAGGCGUUUCGCAUGCUUGUCAACGUCGUGGGUUCCACCGUUCACUUGAUCCGCCGUGAAAAUUCACCCAAAGAGACCAUUGACGGCAUACGUGGGUACGGACAUACGUUUCCUGAUGCGUACACAACCCUGGACCGCGAGGCUCGAGGCUCGGCAUCGCACCAGCGGAUACUGGGCUACUGUUUCGGCGGUCUGCGCUGUCUCGUACGACACGAAGGCGACGGUUACCUGUCCGCGCUCGCAGGCGAAGCCGUAGCCACAAGGGCCGGGCCAGCCAGCCUGGCUGCCGAGGAGUCGACAACAGUCCCCUCAGGGCACUCGCCCGUGGAGGACUUAGCUGCGAGCCUCUCAACAGAAGCCAUCUCACCCGCCAUUCCCGUAGAUGGACCCCUGACCGUCAAACAAGCCGGCCGGGCCAUCCCCCAAAGGGCACUGUUUGAUCUCAAAACUCGUUCCGUCAAGAGCAUCGAUGUGGACCAUCUCGCUAAAGAGCUGCCCCGCCUCUACCUGUCCCAGACGCCGAAUUUCAUCCUUGCACACCACAGGAGUGGUGUCUUCAAGAAGGUGACCAUUUUCGACGUCCGUUCUCGCCUUUCCGAGUGGGAGGCUGCGUCUGCAGAGCCUUUGGGACUCCUUGCCGUGCUGCUGCGUCGGGUGCUCGUCCUCGCCCGCGAGAGACACGAUGGGAGACUCGAGCUCACGCGCGGCGAAGGAGAAACGGCCAUACACGUGAGGGAACAGACGCCUGGGCUGCCGGGCGUGCUGUCCUCUGGUUGCGAGGCGCGAUGGAAGGCCUGGUUGGCCGGCGACGGCGAUGACAGCGGAAUCGAGAAAAAAGACAACGCUCACGGGCCGGAUGAUGAGGGGGUUGAAUUAAGCUGGGUUGAGAAUGACGACGACUUCACUGCAUGCACAGAGAGUUGUGGAUACUGCGGUUAUUGUACCUAUUAG